CACCUUUAAACCACUUUCAUAUACAUCUAAAAUCAAACACGAGGUUUAAUUAUAUGCAAAUUAUAUUUAUUUAUGUGCUUUAAACAUGAGGAUGUUAUUUACAGUGUAGAAUUUAGAUUAUAAUAUAUAAAUAUUUACAUGUUGAGAAAAACUUGACCACCGUUAUAAACACUCAUUAUUACAAGUUCUUGAUUCAAGUCAAGUAACUCGGAGUUUACACGCAGAACAAAAAAGUAAUCGAUCGUCGUUCAGAUAUCCUGAAGCACCAUUUCUCGAGGGUUUUCCUGGUCCUGAAGUUAAGAUGAAAGAAAAGGAACCAAAUUUAGAGGAAAAUGAAGCAGACGAGAAAUAUGGGUGUUUGACCUUCAAGCCGGGCUGCCUUCAGCGCAUGAACAACAUCAGAUGUCACGUGUUAUGGCAAUGUGUCUUCUGCUUCUUUGAAGGUUUUAUUGUUAAUGGUGUUAUAAAUGUGGUACUCGUUGCCCUCGAGAAACGUUACUCACUACCAAGCUCAAAAUCAGGCCUUAUAGCCAGCGCCAAUGACUUUGGGUCAAUUAUAUGCAGUGUUCUGGUCGGAUAUUUCGGGGAACAGCGGCACAAACCAAAACUCAUGGGUACAGGGGUUCUCAUAAUGGCGGCCGGCUGUUUUGUUUUCUCUUUGCCACAUUUGAUAGGCGAAAAUUAUCGUUACACUUUGUCUGCAGGUGCAGACAAUGUCACGCAAAACAUGUGCGCUGUAAGUGGUAAUGAAACAGGUAACUGCGGUAGCACGGAGUCGGAUUACGUACCGGAAAGUUAUACCGCGUCGUACGCUUUACUAAUGCUUGGUAAUGUUUUACUGGGUAUAGGGGCGUCACCAAUGUUCACUAUUGGACUUUCAUAUAUUGAUGAAAACUGCAAGGCGAAACUUACAGCUUUCUAUAUCAGUUGGACAUUUUGCGCUGCUGCAGUUGGAGUUGCUAUUGGAUAUGUCGUUGGUGGUCAAACAUUAAGCAUUUUCGUUGAUAUUAAUAACGUUGAUCCUGCAAGUGUUCCGUUGACCCCUGCAGAUCCCCAGUGGGUCGGUGCAUGGUGGAUAUCUCCUCUUAUAGCUCUAAUAGGCUUCUUUGUUGUAAUCCUACCUCUAUACGGAUACCCACGAAGACUUCCGAGUUAUAAAGAAGUACAGAAACAACGUGCCGUGGAAGCACAUGCGGGUGGGGAUGAAAUCACGGCCCAGGCGAACUUUGGAAAGAGUUGGAGAGACUUUCCUAAAUCUGUCUGGUUGCUUAUUACAAAUCCCACGUAUGUUUUAAUAUGUUGCGGGGCAGCAGUCGAGGCGUUGAUAAUUGGUGGAAUGGCAACAUUUGGCGCCAAACUUAUACAAGAAAAGUUUAAUGUCGACAUUACAUGGGCAGGCACAGUUAUGGGUAUUAUUACAAUACCUGGAUCCGGUGGUGGUAUGUUACUUGGCGGGUAUCUUGUGAAAAAGUUUAAGCUCAAAUGUCGCGGCAUCAUCCGGGUGUGUGCUGGUUUUAUGUUGGCAGCGUUCUGCUUUGGUCCAUUCAUGUUAGCACACUGUCCUAGUGACCCACUGGCUGGUCUGGACCACCCUUACACCGUAGAGAAGUCAACUUCCGGACUGGUGUCAAGUUGCAAUACAGACUGUGGCUGUACAACUGAAGGUUUCGAACCAGUCUGUGUCGAAGAUAUUGUCUACUUUUCUCCGUGUCAUGCCGGAUGUUUGUCGUCGGAUACACAGAAUGGUGUCAAAAGCUAUUUUAACUGUUCGUGUGUGUAUAGUGCUACAGCCAAUAUGACCAACGAGUACAGUGACCUAAGUAUGAUUCCAGGAUUGUGCACUGGCAAGUGUGACUGGGUAUGGGUUUUCUGUGUUCUAUUCCUCGUCGUCAUGAUUCUAACUUUCGCCACGAUGUCACCCGGGGUAACUGCUCUAUUUAGGUGUGUACCAGAUAAGCAGCGAUCUGUGGGUAUUGGUGUUAAUCUACUGUUUGUUAGGCUUGUAGGAACCACCCCGGGUCCAAUAUUGCUAGGAGCUAUUAUAGACAGCACGUGCACGAUAUGGCAGGACACGUGUGGAACACAAGGCUCGUGUUGGUUGUAUGAUAAAGGCACGAUGGGAGUCCGAAUAAUGCUCUGGUUUAUGAUACUAAAGAUGUGCGGAUUUCUUCUGUUCGUGUUGGCCUCAGUUGUGUAUAAACCACCAGCCGAGGAGAGUGUCGACCACACUGUGACAGUAGCUCAUGUCAAUAUCUCAAACACAGCAAACGACAAGACAGAGUUUACAAGAUUAUAAUAAAAACGUUGAUAACUUCUAUAUUGGAGUUCACAUUCAACUGUUGGAAGUUUUCAUAGUGUUUGAUAGUUUUUGUAGAAAAUUGUCAUAGACAACCUUACUUUAUUAAUACAUUUUAACGACCUUAUUGUAAUAUAGGCCAUUCUUCGUGAACUACCAUACUUGAGUGAUAUUCGUAACUACCUCAUUUACAGACAAUUCGUAACUACCUCAUUUAUUGACGAUUCAUAACUAUCUCAUUUGUUGGUGAUUCGUAAUUACCUUGUUUAGUGACUAGUCUUAACUACCUCUUUAAUUAUAAAUCAAGUCAAAACUACCUCUUUAUGUAACAAGUCUAAACUAUCUCAUUAUGUUACAAGUAUUAACUACUUCUUUAUGUAACAAGUUUUAUCUCAUUAUGUAACGAGUCCUAACUACUUCAUUAUGUCACAAGUCUUAACUGCCUCAUUUUGUAACAAGUCUUAACUACCUCAUUGUGUAACAAGUCUAAACUACCUCAUUGUGUAACACGUCUUAACUACCUCAUUAUGUAACAAGUCUAAACUACCUCAUAAUGUGACAAGUCUAAACUAUCUCAUUAUCUAACAGGUCUAAACUACCUCAUUAAAUGACAAGUAUAAACUAUCUCAUUAUGUAACAAGUCUAAACUACCUCAUUAAAUGACAAGUCUAAACUAUCUCAAUUUGUAACAAGUCUAAACUACCUCAUAAUGUGACAAGUCUAAACUAUCUCAUUAUCUAACAGGUCUAAACUACCUCAUUUUGUAACAAGUCUAAACUAC